GGGCUAAAUAUUUUGGCAGCCCCAUGCUCAAUGAGGCCUGCACAGAGCCCACCAGGACCACCCAGGACCAGAGUACUCUCUUGCCUGCCCUCAGAUUCCUGGAAACAUGAAAACUGUGUCCCCAGGAUCCUGGUGGAACAUAACACAUGAAGGAGUCGGUGAUGGCAGAGGUUUGAGAGACCGCCAGGUGGGACCAGCAAGCCUGAGGCUGCUCUUCUGAACCCUUCACACGCUUCGCAGAACCACAGUCCGGGGGCCUCUCCUCACUGUCACUGCUGGAGGGGGCAGCGGAGGGCAAGCUGGGCCGCGCCCUGAGAAGCGGGGCCAGGCCGCCGCCGACGGGAGCCAGUCCCCGCUCCGCCCCUUGGGGCUCUCUCGGGGAAGUGCCUCGGAGGCUUCCAAUGCGUUCUGGCUGCGGAGAGCGUAGCCUCCCAGCCUCCUGCUGUUACUGAAUUCCGGCCCCGCAGUUCCAGUCUGCGGCUCCAAGGGUGGCAGGAGCCGGGGGUGCCGCGCUUGCCCCGCCCCAGAGCUCCGAGGAGGGGGAAACGCUCCCUAACGGUGGGAGGGGUCGCAGCCCGCACUCCCCCUCCCAACCCGCCAGCCCUGGGUUAAAUGCGGCCGCCGCCUCCGCUCGCUUCAGCUGCCUGGCAGUCCCCGCCUCGGGCACGCUGCCUGCGCUGUUACCUGGUCCAGCUGCCCAGGAGGCUCCGCCCGUCGGCUCCGCUCUGCGGUCGCGCCUCCGAGUGGUCCGGCAGGCUCAGGCUCUGACACCUCCGUUCUCUGUCCUCCAAGCGCCAUGAGGAUCCUUCUAGGCUCGCCACUGCCCGUGUUGCUGCUCCUUCUUCAGCCCUGGGAGACCCAGCUCCAAUUCUCAGGUCCCAGGUGCAGUACUGGGCAGCUGGAUUUGGUGUUCGUGAUUGACAGCUCGCGCAGUGUGCGCCCCUUCGAGUUCGAGACCAUGCGGCAGUUUCUGGUGGGCCUGCUCCACGGGCUGGACUUGGGGCCCAACGCCACGCGGGUCGGCGUGAUCCAGUAUUCGAGUCAAGUGCAGAGCGUCUUCCCGCUCGGCGCCUUUUGGCGCCGCGAGGAUAUGGAGAGCGCCAUCCGCGCCUUGGUGCCGCUGGCGCAGGGCACCAUGACCGGGCUCGCCAUCCAGUAUGCCAUGAACGUGGCCUUCAGCGUGGCCGAGGGAGCGCGCCCGCCCGAGGCGCGCGUGCCCCGUGUUGCUGUCAUCGUGACCGACGGGCGGCCCCAGGAUCGCGUGGCGGAGGUGGCGGCGCAGGCGCGCGCCCGUGGCAUCGAGAUCUACGCUGUGGGGGUGCAGCGCGCCGACGUGGGCUCUCUGCGAGCCAUGGCGUCCCCCCCACUAGACGAGCACGUCUUCUUGGUCGAGUCCUUCGACCUUAUCCAGGAGUUUGGCCUGCAGUUCCGGGGCCAGCUGUGUGGAAAGGACCUGUGUGCAGAGGGGAGACACGACUGCCAGCACCAGUGUGUCAGAGCCCCUGGCACUUUCCACUGUGCCUGCAGCCCUGGCUACCAGCUGGCUGAAGACAACAAGAGCUGUGUGGCCAUUGAUCACUGCAGAUUUAGGAACCACAGCUGCCAGCACGAGUGUGUUAGCACCUUUGGUGGGCCACAGUGCUACUGCAGAGAGGGCCACGACUUGCUGCCUGAUGGAAAGAGCUGUCAGGCCCGGGACUUCUGCAAUGGUGUGGACCAUGGAUGUGAGUUCCAGUGUGUCAGCGACGGCCUCUCCUACCGUUGCCUGUGUCCUGAGGGGCGGCAACUCCAGGCAGAUGGCAAGAGCUGCAACCGGUGCAGGGAAGGCCACGUGGACUUGGUUCUGCUUGUCGAUGGCUCCAAGAGCGUGCGACCGCAGAACUUUGAGCUGGUGAAGCGCUUUGUAAACCAGAUAGUGGACUUCCUGGACGUGUCCCCCGAGGGCACGCGCGUGGGACUGGUGCAGUUCUCGAGCCGCGUGCGCACCGAGUUCCCUCUGGGCCGCUACGGCACAGCGGCUGAGGUGAAGCAGGCGGUCCUGGCCGUGGAGUACAUGGAGCGCGGUACCAUGACCGGCCUGGCGCUGCGCCACAUGGUGGAGCAUAGCUUCUCUGAGGCGCAGGGCGCGCGGCCACGCGCCCUCAACGUGCCUCGCGUGGGCCUGGUCUUCACCGAUGGCCGCUCCCAGGAUGACAUCUCGGUGUGGGCAGCGCGGGCCAAGGAGGAAGGCAUUGUCAUGUACGCCGUGGGCGUGGGAAAGGCGGUGGAGGAGGAGCUGCACCAGAUCGCCUCGGAGCCGGCCGAGCUGCACGUGUCCUACUCCCCGGACUUCAGCUCCAUGACGCACCUGCUGGACAACCUCAAAGGCAGCAUCUGCCCGGGUGAGCAUAUCUGUCUCUGGGGCCCUCGCUUUCACUGCCCAACCUCCGAUACCUCCCUUUCCAGUUCACUCCCACCCCUUUCGCUGAGUUUCAGCCAGGGGAUGGACUCACUAGACAGAGCCUUGUUACUCAAAGAGUGGUCCGUGGACCAGCAGCAGGGCUGUCACCUGGUGGCUUGGUAGAACUGCAGCAUCCAGACUGAAGGAGUCAGAUUUUGCACUUUAACAAGACCCUCAGGUGAUUCGUAAGUAUGUUCAAGUUUAAGAAUCAGUAGACUAAGCUACCUGUCCCCCAAAUUACUGCAUGUUCAGAAUACUUCGGGGGAAGUUUUUCAAAGGCACACCAAACUCAGCGUUUGUAAGAAGAGUCACACAGCCUUUUAGCUUGUUGGAAUUCAACUUUACAGAUGUUGCAAAGUGACAGGGCUGAGAGAGUUUUGAAUACACAAAGAUGUACGUUUUUGGAGAAUGUAGGCCAUAAAUUCAAUCCAUCUACUUCAUCUGGUGCUCAGCUGAGGAGAAAGGGACCAACUCUAGCUGUGGAGGAUAAGGAGGCUGUUGAACCUUGCCUACUGUACUUUAUAGGUGACACAGGGAAUUGCUGGGGAGGGUGAGUAAUUUUUACCAUGGAAUCUUUAGACUCUAACCUAAACCUACAAUGUGAGUCUCUUUCAGAUAACCUGGCUCAUCCAGAGCUAAAUUCAGUAGGGCUGAGCCGGGCCUGGGGAAUCUGUAGUUUUUAUAUAUAUAUGCACACACACCUAUAUAUGUAAUUUACAUAUAUACACACAUAUGUGCAUACACAUCUCUCUUCAGGUUAAUUCUAAUAAUUAGUCAGAGUAUUGUGGAAGCACCACAUUCACUGCUCUUUCAGGGCCCUUAUGCUGACUCAUGUCUCCCACAGUAUGACGUUGGACAAGUCACUUAACCUCCACCCCUACCUUAGGUUUCCUCUUUCAUAACAGGGGAGGGUGCUGGUUGCCCACGGUUGCUUCCAGCUCUAGAAUUCUAAGAGAAAUAUGGGCUCUGUGGCCGAGGCUCUAGACCAAAUGGCUGUGACCUCAGGCAGAUCCUUCCCUCUCUCUGACCUUUUGCUUUUCCCAACUGUAAAGUUAGGCAUCUUUGAAGAACUGUGAUCAAUACCAUUGAUGACACAACAUAGGCAGUUUGUUAAGAGUAUAUAACUUUUAAAUCAGCAGCGUUCAACUAUUUAAAUAAACAGCAACUCUUGUUUGAAAGCCAAGUGCCAGGCAUUGUGCCCUAAUAUUAUAAAGGGCAUAUGUUUACAGAGUUUCAGUAAACCUAAGAUAGCAUCCGUGGUAAGAUACCCUAUUAUUUUAUCUACUGCUGAGAAAAAAAUGGGCCAAAUUGUAAGGCACUCACUUGUUUUGACUUCAGAGAUGUUGAAAUGUUGACAUUUCCAUCAUUGCAUAAAGUUUCAUUGGAAAAGUGCUGCUAUGGACGCUUCCUACAUGAAGUGUAGGUCCCAGGACCAGUAGCAUCAGUAUCACUUGGUUUUUUAUUAGAAAUGUAGAGUCUCAGCUCCUUUCCCAUUGUGAAUAAGAAUCUAUAUUUUAACAUGGUCUGGUGAUUCCAGGAAGUGUUUAGGUCUGAGAAACUCUAAGAUGUACACACACACACACACACACCAUAGUAUCGCAAUGUAUCCGUUUUUACAGAUUAAGAAAGUAAUGCUUAGGAAGGUGGAGUCAGUUUUCCAGUAUCUCACAGCUAUGUAGCUGGGACUCAUCCCAGGUCUGUUUGAAUCCAAAGCCCACACACCCCACCCCAGGACGGGUGGAGGUACAUCAGAGGGCCACGCCAGGGCCGGCUCAUGCCCCUACGGGUUCUCAUUCCUCUGCCUGUCUGUGCCCUG